AUGGUCUAUACUAGAAAAGUUUUUAAGGAAAGAUUGAAAUGGUGCCUAGAUAAUAAAGAACAGAUACAAAUGGACAUGAUAGCUUUACAUCAUUGUAAUAAAGACUUUGGGAAAUUCUGGAAACAAACGAGUAAACUGAAUCCCAGGUCGCGAGUUCCGUUUAAAGUAGAAUCUGUACUUGUUCCAUCGAAGGAAUAUUCAUUGAAUCUGGGAGAUGAUUCCAAGUUAGUUGAACAGGUGGUAUUUUCUGAGGUAGAGGUAAAAGCAGCUAUAAAGAGCAUAAAGCGCGGUAAAUCACCUGGACAUGACUCCCUAAGCAUUGAACAUGUACAGUAUGCGGGUGAGCAUAAUAUGUCUAAGGUACUGGCGUUGUUUUAUACUGCUUGCGUGUGUCACUCAUACCACCUACCUAGGGAAAUGAUGAGGACCCUGGUGGUACCUAUUGUGAAAAACCGUACAGGGGAUGUCUUUGAUAGACGUAACUAUAGACCCAUAUCAUUAGCCACCAUCAUUGCAAAAAUACUGGACAGUAUGCUCAGUAGACGAUUGGAUACGCAUCUAAAUCUGCAUGACGCACAGUUCGGAUUUAGACCCGGACUGUCCACUGAAAGUGCAGUGCUGUGUCUUAAACAUACUGUCCAAUACUAUACGAACAAGAACACACCAGUUUAUGCGUGUUUCCUGGACCUUUCAAAGGCCUUUGAUUUGGUGUCUUACAAUAAGCUGUGGCAUAAAUUAAAGACAGAGACCACACUACCUGAAGGCCUUAUACGUCUAUUGAAGUACUGGCACGGUAACCAGAAUAACAUUAUUAGUUGGGCGGGCUCGCUGUCGGAGCCAUACAGGCUGGAAUGUGGGGUGAGGCAGGGAGGAGUGACCUCGCCGAAGCUUUUUAGCUUUUAUGUGAACCGUCUGAUUGAGGAGCUGAGCAGCACCAAAGUCGGAUGCUCUAUAGAUGGUACAUUUGUUAACAAUAUAAGUUACGCUGACGACAUGGUGCUGCUGAGCCCUUCAAUCAAAGCCCUUAGAAAAUUAUUAGGGAUCUGUGAGAGGUAUGCAGUGGCUCAUGGCCUUAGGUAUAAUCCCGAAAAGAUCGAAAUGCUUAUAUUUAAAGCAGUGGAUGAACAGAAUGGAACAAUUGAUGCUGAAGCCGGAGUAUCACAUACGGAAAUAUCGGAUACGAAAAAUGGUCACUCAAAGAUUCUACAGCGAUUAGAAACUGUUCCAGAUAUAAAGAGAGAUACAUCUGGAAUAACUACUCAGUACAUUGCAACAGGCAUAGUUAACCUAGGAGCAUUUGCUGCUGGCGUCUGCGUUGCCUGGUCUUCGUCUGCUCUACCAUUAUUUACAUCUGGACAACUUGAGGUGGCAAGAAGUGAAGGCUUUCCGACGAAUGGCACUCAUCCAAAACUUGUGCUCACAGAGUCUGAAGCGUCCUGGGUAGCGUCGCUUCUAUGUCUCGGGGCGCUACUUGGCGCUGUACCGGCUGGACUCAUCUCCGAAAGCUUCGGCAGGAAGAAGACCCUGCUCUACCUUGCUCUUCCGUUGAUUGUGUCCUGGAUCCUGGUUGCCUCUAGUCCAAAUGUGUACGGACUGUACGUGGGUCGUUUCGUCGGUGGCAUGGCGGUCGGCGCCUUCAGCGUUGGGAUCCCUCCAUACGUUGAAGAUAUCGCUGAGAAGCAUAUUCUGCCGGCUCUUGUCAACUUCUAUCACGUACAUUUUGCGUGCGGCGUUCUCUUUGGCUAUAUUAUUGGCAUGGUUCAAAGCACAUCCUGGCUCUCAGUACUCUGCGCAAGUAUACCUGUUGCUUUCUUCAUUGCCUUCAUAUUUCUACCCGAAUCACCAACUUAUCUCAUGUCACAAGGAAAACAAGGCGAGGCCAAAGCAGCUUUGAGAUAUUUCCGAGGCAUUGACAACGAUUUGGACGCAGAGAUUAAAGCCCUGAAAGAACAAUUGAGAAGCUACGCCAAAAACAGAGUCACGUUCAAAGAACUGUUUCAAUCAAGAGCAACAUUUAAAGCGUUGAUCGUUUCAUUCGGAUUGAUGGUUUUCCAACAAAUGAGCGGAAUAUACCCUGUCCUUUUUUACGCAGAAAAGAUAUUCAAAACUUUUUCCAUUUCGUUAAAUCCUCCCGGUGCUGCCAUUAUCUUAGGUUUCUGUUUAGUAUCCUCGACAUAUUUCUCGACUAUGUUUUUGACAAAAGUCAGACGGCGUGUCUUACUAUUGAUAUCAUUUACGGCUAUGGCAAUUAGUCUAGGAAGUUUAGCUAUAUAUUACCAUUUGAAAGCAUCGAAUAUAUCACUAAAUAAUACUUGGAUGCCAUUGUUUACUCUUUGUAUAUUCGUAUCUGUGUAUGCAGCUGGAGUUGGACCUAUACCUUGGUUGAUGCUGAGAGAGAUCUUUCCACCGAAUGUGAGAAGACGUGCGACAGCCAUUACUGCUGGUUUUCAUUGGUUUUUAGCGUUCGGUGUAACGAAGCUGUACCAAAAUUUAGUAGAUAUUGUUAGACCUGGAUGGACGCUCUGGCAUUUUGCUGUUACAUGCGUUGUAGGAAUUAUUUUCGUCUAUUUCUUCGUACCUGAAACAAAGGGUAAGACGUUGGAAGAAAUACAAAACGAAUUUGAUGGAAUACACACAAGACGAAAGCAUACGCAUGUUAUAAAAGUAGAAACAGUGACAGGACCUUAGUUAAGGUUUAAUUAAUUAAAUUUUUACUUGGUAAUAUAGUAUCAGUAUUUAAAAUAAAAUGUCAAAUUUGACUUAAUCU